AUGCCCCCCCCCGGCCCCCGGGCCCGGCUCCGGCUCCUCGCCGCCGCCGCCCUGGCCGGGCUGGCCGUCAUCAGCCGAGGGUUGCUGUCCCAGAGCCUGGAGUUCAGCUCUCUGGCAGACAACUACACCGUUUGUGAGGGAGACAACGCCACACUCAGCUGCUCCAUCGACGAGCACGUGACCCGCGUGGCCUGGCUGAACCGCUCCAACAUCCUGUAUGCCGGCAAUGACCGCUGGACCAGCGACCCGCGGGUGCGGCUGCUCACCAACUCUCCCGCCGAGUUCUCCAUCCUCAUCACCCGCGUGGGCCUGGGCGACGAGGGUCUCUACACCUGCUCCUUCCAGACCCGGCAGCAGCCGCACACGGCCCAGGUCUACCUCAUCGUGCACGUCCCUGCCCGAAUCGUGAACAUCUCCUCUGCUGUGACAGUGAAUGAGGGGGGGAACGUGAACCUGCUAUGCCUGGCCGUGGGGAGGCCAGAGCCCACAGUCACUUGGAGACAGCUCCGAGACGGCUUCACAUCGGAGGGUGAGAUCCUGGAAAUCUCGGACAUCAGGCGAAGUCAGGCCGGGGACUACGAGUGCGUGACCCACAAUGGCGUGGCGUCGGCCCCCGACAGCCGCCGAGUGCCCGUCACUGUUAACUACCCUCCGACCAUCACCGAUGUGACGAGCGCCCGGACAGCAGUGGGGCGCACUGCGCUGCUCCGCUGUGAGGCUAUGGCCGUGCCCCCCGCAGACUUCCAGUGGUUCAAAGAUGACAAACAGCUGGGGGGCGGCGCGGCUGAGGGACUGAAGGUGCAGACCGAGAGGACCCGCUCCAUGCUGCUGUUCGCCAACGUGAGCGGCCGCCACUAUGGGAACUACACGUGCCGAGCGGCUAACAGGCUUGGGGCUGCCAGUGCCUCCAUGCGCCUUCUGCGCCCAGGCUCCCUGGAGAAUGCAGCUUCGCGGCCCCCUGGACCCCUAGCCCUGCUCUCUGCCCUGGGCUGGCUGUGGUGGGGAGGCAUGUAGGAGCCGAGGCUGACGGAGAUCGAGCCCUAGCAAGGGAGUGAGCCAGCAGCCUGGAGAGAGAGCCAGUGAGGAAGGCCCAGAGUCCCGGGCAGAGGAGGAGGAAGAGGAGAGAUCCUUAGAGAACCCAUCACUGUGAGGGAUAAACGCAAAAUUAUGCAUCGUUUCUACAGCCAUUGUUGUCACCCGUUCACGUGUCUGACUGUACCCCAGUUGCCCUUGACCCCCUCAGCCCUGGCCUUGACCCACUCUGGGUACCCCGUCACCCCUGCCAGCCACAGGCUGCCUCUCACCUCUGCAUGCCAGCUUUAGGUGAUUGCACUGGCUGCAGGGGUCCCUGGCCCCCACCACCAGGCUUAGCUUUAGCUUUCUCACCUGUUGGGAAUGGCCCCAUCCCCUUCUGUGUUGGAUUUUGGCCCCAGGGAAGGGAAAGUUGGGGGAGGCACUGUCAUCUCUGGGCUUCUCCCAACAACCAAGGCUGCCUGUCACGUUUCUGGGUGUCCCCCUGCCCUCCCCCACGCCCAUUUUCUGGCCUUCCCCCCAGGCCGACUGGUGCUUCCAUCCUACUGUCAGGCUGGUAGCUGUGGCCUCCUCCGCUUCAGCUGUCUGCCUCAGUGCUAUGUCCCCACCCCUUUGCCCCCCUUAGCUGCUUGCCUGCGUCCCUGGCCCUGUCUACUGGCUGCUGGCGCCAGCUCUCGCCCCUCCAGUCUCGGCUUGAAGCCCAGUCGGCCGACUGUACCUCACCCACGUGUACCUGCACCCACCAGCGACUGUGAUCAGCAAUAGUUCCCCCCCCGUCCCCUCCCCCCAGCUCUAAUUACCUUCUGCUCUGGGUUUGGCCCCCUGGGCCCAACCCAUCGUUUCUACCCCCGAGGUGGUGGUUUUGCAAAGGGACAGAGAGGAUCUAACAGAAGGCCUGCUGCUAUCUAGUCCCACUAGAGACCCCCAAACCCACCACUCAGGCAGAGGGAGGGGGAGUCCACUAUAUCAACACUUCCUCAAUGUCCAUACCACUCAGAGCUGGCCAGGGCUAAGGAGGGUCUGGGGGGGUGGGCUGGAUCAGGGAGGGACAGGGACUGUACCUCAGAGGGGGGCAUGGGCCCCAUCCACAUCGUCUUCCAUUC